AUGAGUGAACUAGAACCUUCUAAUAUAAUUUCAACGAAUAGUACUCAGUUAAAACUUCAAGAAAACCAUAACCAAAUAACAAAUAAUUUAUAUGAAUACGAUAUGGAUUAUGAUUUUCUUCUUAUUAUAUGUAUUCUAAUUUAUAUAGCACUUUCAGUACUACUUCUAAAAAUAUGUCAACUGAGUUAUCAGGGAGCAUGUUCUAGACGUCGAGCACUUGUAUAUUUCGUUGAAGCUGAUUCUGGAUACUUUUCUAAUGAAGAUGAAUAG